CACACUCUUUUGUUUGUUUGUUUGUUUAACAGAGUCUGUUUCUGAUUGAUCUAUUUCACUUUUCACAUUUCACAUUUUAUCAGAUCAGAAAGAAAGAAAGAAAGAAAGAAAGAAAAGAUGCAGUACAACAACCUUGGUCGGUCCGGUCUGAAGGUAAGCCAACUCUCAUACGGAGCAUGGGUUAGCUUCGGCAACCAACUGGAUGUCAAAGAAGCUAAAUCACUCCUCCAAUGCUGCCGUGAUCACGGCGUCAAUUUCUUCGAUAACGCCGAGGUUUACGCCAAUGGAAGGGCGGAGGAGAUUAUGGGUCAAGCCAUUAGAGAGCUUGGUUGGAAACGAUCUGACCUUGUUAUCUCAACUAAGAUCUUCUGGGGUGGUGCUGGUCCCAAUGACAAGGGUCUAUCUAGGAAACACAUCAUCGAAGGUACAAAAGCUUCAUUGAAACGAUUAGAUAUGGAGUAUGUUGAUCUCAUUUACUGUCAUAGACCAGAUUCAUCUACCCCUAUUGAAGAAACUGUUAGGGCUAUGAAUUAUGUAAUUGAUAAGGGUCUCGCUUUCUAUUGGGGCACUAGUGAGUGGUCUGCUCAGCAAAUAACUGAGGCGUGCUCUAUUGCUCAACGCCUCGAUAUGAUCGCCCCUGUUGUCGAACAGCCUGAGUAUAAUUUGCUAUCAAGACACAAGGUUGAAUCUGAAUACCUCCCUUUGUAUACCACCUAUGGUAUUGGUCUCACUACCUGGAGUCCACUUGCUUCUGGAGUCCUCACUGGGAAAUACAACAAGGGUACCAUUCCUCCCGACAGUCGAUUUGCCCUUGAUAAUUACAAGAAUCUAGCAAGCAGGUCAUUGGUUGAUGAUGUACUCAAAAAAGUCAACGGACUAAAACCAAUUGCAGAUGAAUUAGAUGUGACCUUACCUCAACUUGCCAUUGCUUGGUGUGCUGCCAAUCCCAAUGUGUCUUCCGUUAUUACUGGUGCAACGAAGGAAUAUCAGGUUGAAGAAAAUAUGAAAGCUAUCGAUGUGAUUCCUAAGCUGACACCUUCCAUAAUGGAGAAAAUUGAGGCCAUUGUUCAAAGCAAGCCUAAGCGUCCAGAGGCCUACAGAUGAAUGUGGAUACAUAAUUUGCUGGUUUUGGUUGAUGAGGCGCUGUUGCCCUGUUUGUAAUUUGCUCUUUUUGGUUGUGCUCUGUGAUGAUGGCGUCGUUGCCCUGUUUGGUUCAUGAUUGUUGUUGAAUUUGUUACCCAAACUUACCAUUGGUAUCACUUAGUUUGUCAUGUGGAUAUCACAGUUGAUUUGGUAUUUUAUAUCCCUUUGGUUGCUCUGAAUUUCUUUGAAUUCAAUCUUGAGAGCAAUUUGUAUGUUAGUCGGGAAAAGAGAAAAUAAUGAAGUUGGUAAUUGAAGAAGUAGAGCCUUUUGAAGACAAAA